UCCCUUUCCCUUUUCUUUUGUCACCAUGGAUCUGUCCACGUCCAGCAACGGCGUACAGCCGUAUGUCAGUCCAGAUUCCAAUUCGAAGCUAUCUCAACAUUCUCCUGCUGCCGACGAGGAUCAUGACAAUUGGAGCGGUGGCGAGGCUUCCAGUGCCGAUGAGGCGAAUAGGAGCCAGAGCGGCGCCUCCAAGCGCAAACGUCCGCUGUCCGUGUCUUGCGAGACGUGCAAGCAGCGCAAGGUCAAAUGCGAUCGCGGUCAUCCCAGCUGUGGAUGGUGUCUGAAAAACCAUUCGACAUGUACUUACCUGCCACGAAAGAAGCCUGGUUUGCGCGCAGGCUAUGGGCGUGAGCUGGAGGCUCGACUGGAUACACUUGAAACCCUCAUUCGCUCUCAGCAGAACCAGAUCAACCAGUUGUCUAACAACCAGGUCGCACCUUCCAAUACAUCGCCGCAGGAUAGUGGUCCCUUCCGGACACCACCCAUCAUCCCGCACAUUCCGCGACCAGAGACUGCGCUCUUUAUCCAGAAACCCGCGAGCUUCUCCUCUCAAACUUCCCUUACGCCUAGCUUCGUCGGCGGAAUACAGGAUGCCAGACAGUCUGCCCCUUUGCAGUCAGGUCAAAAUGGGUACCAUGCACCUUCAGAAGAUGUUCAAUCUUCAAUUGGCCAAAUUCCACGAGAGCCCUACGGUUCGUCCGUGUCGAAUGCUUUCAACAACGAUCGAUUCAAUGCGCCAAUCUCUUCUUCCCUCGCCCAAGUACCCAUUGCGCAGCCUGACACCGACUUCCCACCAUAUGAUCUACUUUAUGGAUUGGUAGAUUUGUUCUUCAAACACGUCUAUCCAUGGUGUCCCAUUCUGCAUCGGCAAUCCACUCUAAAUUCUCUAUUCGGCGAUUCAACACUAGACGAAGCAGACAAAAUCAUCCUACACGCGAUCGUAGCAACCACCCUGAAGUUCUCGACCGACCAGCGCCUGACAAAUGAGAAGAGGGCCGUAUAUCAUCAGAGGUCCAAGGAGAAAGUACUUCUGUACGGCAUCGAGAACAGCUCGGUGAAGUCCCUACAAGCUCUUGUCAUCCUUUCGCUGGAUGUCGUAGGGUGCUCCAAUGGGCCCCCCGGAUGGAACCUGCUCGCGCUCAUCACGCGAUCAGUCGUUCAACUGGGACUUUCAAUGGAAACCUAUUCACCUAUGGUGGCACCGCAGUUCGCAUCGAUCUAUACCCUGCGCGCCAUCGUCCUUCCCGAACCCAAGGAUUGGAUCGAGGAGGAAAGUAGGCGUCGCUUGUUCUGGAUGAUCUACGUUCUCGAUCGCUAUGCCACAGUCGCGACGGCCUUCGAGUUCGCCCUUCACGAGAAGGAGAUUGACCGCCGACUGCCUUGCCGCGACGACCUCUUCACACGCAAUGUGCCUGUUGAAACUAGGUGGUUCCAUACGUCCGGUCGAUCGGACUAUUCCAUGAACAGACCGGAGAACCUCGGCUCAUUCUCCUACUAUGUCGAGAUACUUGGAAUACUUUCGCGCAUUCACAAGUUUCUCAAGAAGCCUGUCGAUAUUACCUCAUUGUCGGACGUGGAAAAAUGGCAGGGCGAAUAUCGCGAACUGGACAAUGCGCUUGAGCAGUGGAAAUACAACCUGCCAACUGAAUACGGGAAUUCUGCCCGUAUCUUCUCGGGCCCCGGGGUAAAGAAUCUCAACAGUGGUCUGGUGAUGUUACAUGCUUCUUUCCACACUACUGUGAUCCGCUUGCAUUCAUCCGCGGCAUACCCGACUCACCGAUCACCGAUCUUCACGCCCUCCUUUAGCGCUAGUCAAAGGUGCCUCAACGCCGUGGAGAGCAUCACAGCAUUGUGCGCAUGCAUCCAAGAGAACGGACUUUUGACGAAGCUCGGACCGCCAUUCGCGUUCUCUCUCUGGGUUGCUGCGCGUGUACUUCUCGUCCACGGGUCCACUAUUGACCACCGAGUAGAUCAAUCUAUCAACCUUCUUGUUAGCACACUGCAAGAGUUGGGUCAGUACUGGGAGGUUGCUGCACGAUAUGCAAGUCUCCUAGCCCGAGUUCUACAAGAGUAUCAAGAAUCGCAGCGGACGCCUGCGGGAGUCAAUGGUGAGCGUGUCACGCCAUCAACGGUGAAGAUUCUGGCAGACAUGCGUCGGUGUGCAUUCGACCUCGACUUCCUCAUAUCGAGACAGCCGAAGCCGAACUCAACUACGCGGACUGCCUCUGUGACGCCGGCCAGGACGCCGGGGCCAAACGAGCUGGAGUAUCUUGACGUGUUCGGGUUUUUCAACAUGCCCGCGCUACCUGUCUCUUUAGAUGGAGGCGCGUCUUAUGGCAAUAGUACUGCGGAUGGAACGGUACAGUUGCAAGACGGCGUGCCUGGCAACGAGUUCAACAUCACCAACUACAUGGUCGACGCAAGUUCGGAUUGGUUCAUGAAGAACCCUUCCUAAAGUGAGGUGCUUGUCUUCGAGACUACCGUAUCCUGACCGUCUUUGUUGACUUCCCUGCGCCUUCCUUUUCCUUCUUCUCUAUAUUCUUAUAGAUACCCCGUUUCGAUCAUUGAUGCCAGUAUCCUCGGUGAUCUGCAGCUCGACCAUGCUAGUACAAAAAAGAACACAAUACUAUCAGUUCAAGCUAUCAGAACAUGCUUGGUUAUCC